AUGUUAGAGAAUUAUCCCGAACUCUUUAAGGACAAGAGCGGACUUACGGGAAAUGGAUUGAAUUCGGGGAUGAAUUCUUCUAAAGCGGGGGAGAGUUGUGACAUCCCGGGCCCAGGAGAAUUGGAAAAGGCCCAUUGGCCCACUAAAGCCCAUCAGAGUCCAACCCUAGCUGCACCUCCUUCUUCCCCUCACGAUAAAAACCUGCGCGAGAGAGAAGAGCAGCCACACGCUCAUGCUAAGGAGAACCGCUGUCCGAUUCUCGAGAGCUCCGCCGCCGUCACUGCUGCUCACUCCGACACCGCCGCAUGUGAUUCCGGUCCAUCUCGUGACGAUCCGUCAUUGUUCUGUGAGAAGUAG